AUGACGCCGAGUACACAGGCCAACUUUCAUUAUGCCCGCAAACGUCCGUUGACUUUCACGCGCCUCCAAGCUGGCAACGACGGACGUACACAGCAAUACUUGGCCACGUCUUCAAACCCAGACCCGAAAUCACACCAUCAAGCGACAGGGAACAGUCGCGGAAACAGCCCGCGAGGAUCAAAAUCAGAACGCGAAGCGGACAUGAUGACUUGGAGAGAGACGGAUAUACGGGAAAUGAAGGGGACAGACAGCAUGGCAGAUUGCCUGCAUGUGUGUGAGCUAAAGGGAGAUGACAUACAAGGAGCGAUGCCGACUUUGCAAGCGUCGCUUGAAGUCUUUGACAACACUAUCAAGGAUCGCCAGCCAGACCUCGAGAUCGACAUCGGGGGCGCCGACCGCAGGACAUCCUUAUUCGAUCUGACACGGCACUGCUGCACCUCGACCAAACGAUGUGAGACCGCUGCGAGCCGUCCUUGGCCCCGAUGA